AUGAUAUACGGAGCUCUGUUCUAUAAAAUAAUUAUUUCUAGCACCCUGUGUUUCAUUCCAUCAUGGGUUCUAAGGCCCAUCGUUCAUUAUCUUUUUGCGGUGCCCAACCUACGUGUCCAAAAAAUGGGUUUUAGCCGGUGUACAGUUUUAUUUUUAUUAAUUAUUGCUUCAUUUUGCCUAAUUCAGGCAAAAAUUGUUAAUAAAAAUGUCGAACGUUCGUUAGAUAUAUCUAGCCAAUUGGUGAAGGAGAAUAUCAAAAUAACUGCAACUAACAGCGAUGGCAAGCCGAUUAGCGUGUAUAAUUUUGUGGUGCCAGCCGCAGAUCAUAAAAAUUUGGCUUUUAUUUCAGCAAAAGAUGAAAAUAAGAAAGAUUUGAAAUUUACGAAGAAAUUCAUUGAUGGAGACUUUCUAUUUACAAUUGCAUUCCCAACAUCUUUAGCAACAGAGGUUUUCACUGUAGAAACGGUGUACACCAAGAAGCUAAUACCCCAUCCCAGCCAAAUACCGCAAUCGGGUAAACAGCUUGUAAGAUAUGAGGGUAAUCUAUACUUCUACUCACCGUAUGAGACGAACAGCCAGAAAAUAAACGUGUUACUAAGUUCGGCAAACAUACUUUCAUACACACAAGUAAAGCCAUUUAAUGUUGCUUCUAAUAAAAUCAAGUAUGGGCCGUAUGAAAAUAUUGCAGCAACUUCAAAUCAAUCGCUUGUUAUACACUAUGAAAAUGAACGCCCCUUCUUGACCACAACGCGCCUUGAAAGAAUAAUAGAAGUAUCACACUGGGGAAAUAUUGCAGUAAAGGAAAACAUUUUCAUGGAACAUACAGGUGCUUUGCUAAAGGGUUCAUUUUCACGUUAUGAAUUCCAAAAAGAUGCACGGUCUGGACAUGCUAUUAAAUCUUAUAAAACUUUCCUGCCUGCAUCGGCUUCUGAUGUCUAUUACCGUGAUACCAAUGGCAAUAUUUCGACCUCAAACAUGAGGAUUUUGCGUGACUCAGUCGAAUUGGAAUUGCGUCCAAGAUUUCCGCUUUUCGGUGGUUGGAAAACGCAAUACACACUUGGCUACAACAUCCCGUCCUUUGAGUAUCUCUUCAACGCCGAUGAUAAAUACCUACUGAAAAUGCGACUAAUUGAUCAUAUCUACAAUGAUAUGGUAAUUGAUGAAGCUGAAAUAAAAAUCAUUUUACCAGAAGGUGUUUCCAAUAUCGAGUUAACAACGCCAUAUCCAGUGAAGAGAGGACCAAAUGAACUUCAUUAUACUUACCUGGACACAGUGGGCAGGCCAGUCAUUACGCUGUACACCAAAAAUCUUGUAGAAAAUAAUAUUGCAAAUUUCCAUUUAAAAUAUACAUUCUCGAAAGUUUCCUUAUUGCAAGAACCGCUCUUGGUUGUUGCUUUCUUCUUUAUUAUUUUCAUCAUUGCAAUUAUUUCUAUGCGUCUUGAUUUCUCGAUUAAUACCUCACACAGUCACAAAGACUAGAAUCGUUUUUAGUUAAUACUUAAUAUUAACAAAAAUACCAAUGGAAAUUAAAUUAAAAACGUACACUAACUGUAUUAAUUAAUAAAUAAAUCUUUAUUUAGAUUUCAGUAAAAAAAAA